AUGGCGCAUGAAUACGAGAUUGCAACCCAUAGCGCCAUGAAGGGCCAUGUAAACGGAUAUCCCACUGCGAUGGACGUUGAUGAUGUAACUAUGCAGUCACACCAUGGCAUGGACGGUGUAUCUCGUGGCCCGGGUACGCAUGAGCUUGUCGAGAAGUCGAGGUCAUUCGUUGCUGACCUCGAGGGAUGUUCUCAUGAUGAGCGUAUUGUGAAGGUUUGCUCUGGAUUUCACAUCAUUAAGAAAUAUAUCAUAUCGCAAUUCAUCGACGAUGAUGUGCGACUUCGUCUGUUGCAGUGCUUGGAUACUAACGUGAGAUGGGAGUUACCAAAAGGCACCAUAGCUCUCGAGAUUGUUGAUUUAUGUUUUCACACCAUUGUUAAACGUUGCGAUGCUGCUCAAAUAGCGGUUUGCGAACGUAUUUUACGAAGCCUUUUGAUGCUUCCUUUGGAAAUUAAGACAUUAAUGUCAUUUGCUGAGCUGCUGGAGUUAUUCUCGCAUCUACUUGAAGGCAGUUCUGUCGAUAGCGAUGGUGGACUUCGGCGAAUUCGUUCGCUGUCGUUGAUUUUUGAUCUCUUGCUCCGUAGGUGUGAGCAUGUGAGAUUCUUCACAUCCCUACUGCCCGCUAUGGAAUCAUUUUUUGCUAACAGGGGAAUGGUGAACGACGAGUUCAAUCACGAGGUCAUCAAUAUCGCCUGCCGUAUACUCAAAGGAUGUUCCAAUGUGAGAAUAAUGAAUCUGCAGAAUAUAUCAGUUUUCACUAAAAACAUCUUCGACCAAAUGGUUGAACUAUUGAAACGUUCAGAUUCCUACGAGAAGCGUGCAAGCCUUAUGUGUUGCAUGGGCAUGCUUGCUGGCAGUGGUCAUAACAAGGAGCUUUUGGAAGAGAUUACUAGUAGCGACAUUCUCAUUCGGGCGAAUGAGGGUUGGGAGCAUGAAGCUAUGUUAGGUGUUUCUGUGAUAUCUGUAUUCGUCGAUAGUCUGCAACAGUUGAGUGAUGAGGAUUUCACAGGUGUGGCGGAGAAUUGCCUGCGGUUGCAUAAUUUGUACUCGAGCACUGACGAUUAUGAUGUUCGAGAGAUGCUUAUAACGCUCCUAUACGCAUAUACAUCCAAGCUGAAGCGUGUAUAUGAUAGCCUUAAUGGAGGUGAUCUAUCUACGUUUCAGCAUAUCGUUACGGUGCUCUUCCACAAGACCGCUUACGAGUUACAGUCACUUGCUGCUACUAAGGAUAUGUUGCGUGAUUAUGACUUCGUCACUUUUGCGAGGAAGGUCUUGCCUGUACUUGUAAGGACACUGUCGAAUUGUAUCAACGUUAUUCGCGUGCCGUCUAGUGUGGACAAGGUGAAAUGUAGGACACCGCGCCAAGAUUCGAUCGAACUAUCAUCGGAUCGUGACGGUGAUGUUUCAUGUAAUCUGAGCGCAUCGAUGGUGAACGUCGAGGAGGAGAGGCUAAUAAUAGCUCCUAUAGACGAGGAAGUGGAAUUGUCCCUUCCGUCUAGUAAACGUCACCUUACACAUCAUGAGCUUGUGGAUAUCUGCAAGUGUAUAUGUUGCAUCUAUGAUAUUGGAGCCACUUCAACUAUUCUCUUAGGGGAUAUUGGCAGGGUGGGCUCAACGGAUGGUUUAUUUCAGCUUUGGGAGAUUAAGGCCUUUAUCAAACUUGCUCUAAGUAUGAUUGUGGGUGUCCUGAGUCAAAGUGAGCUCAAGCAGUGGGUUAAACUUAUGAUUCCUGUGUUGUUUGUGGUUGGCAUGCGUAACAAAUUCAUCAUCAGUGUGUUUGAUUGUUUCAGUAAGGAAUAUUCGGAGACCUUCGCACCUCACAUGUUAAUUUUCGUUCUCCACAUACUCAAAAGUCAGAGUAUUUUGAUGGAGUACGUUAAGAAUGUGUCUACUUACAGCGAGGGUGUGCUCGGGCUGUUCACUUUGAGUGAAUGGGAGAGUUGUGCCGGGAGGUUGAGUGAGGAGAGCGCUGAUACUAUCUUGGAUGUUUCUCGCGAACUAUCUGACUGUAUAUUUAAAGGAUACUUGGAGGGUACAGAGUCUCUUAUGGCAUGUCACAAUGAGUUGGUUUACCUGAUAACGGCGGUAUCUAAGUUAUGUGUCACUAAAUCUGACCCAUACUUACCAGUUGCAACUUCUCUUUUGAAGCAUCUAAACAAACGUGAGGAGCACACGGCUGCUAUGAUGAUACUGCGUAUCCCGCUAGAUAAUAUCGUGAGCAAAGUUUUUAAGGGUGGUUCCGACGUACAUCGCGAUUGGUUGGAGCUGAUGAUGGCAGCUGUAUCACGAGGUCCAUUUACAGCUGAAAUCGUUUCUAUGUGCGUAACACCUGCUUUAUGCAUCCUUCGAGAUUUCCAGUGGGAGCUCGUUCCGGCUGCGCUGGAUUUGUUAGCAUCAUGGGUGGAAUUCUUGCCACCCGAGGACGUCUACAACCUGCUCUCACCAGUUAUUUUGUACAGGACUACUACUGUGAAGCCUCACUUUAUGAAGUGCCUUGUGAAAUACCUGCAGGAUGCAACAUUACCUUGUUUCAAGCAGAAUGCUCAUAUCGUCAUGAACAUGUUUUCAAAAAUGGGUUCAGUGACCUCUAAAUAUUCAAGGAACUUCCCUGUGAAGCAUGACAUUCCGCAUGAGAUUUGUCUACCGUUCAGCCAUUAUGCUUUUGACGUUGAGCUUGAGGACGAUGAAUCUUCGUCGGAUGAGCAGAUGUCAGAUUUUGACGAUGACAACGCAUCGUCACCAUCAUCACCUGAGGCUGAAUCUGAUGAUGAGGGUGAAGGUGAGGGUGAUGGUGAAGGUGAGGGUGAAGGUGAGGGUGAUGGUGAAGGUGAGGGUGAUGGUGAAGGUGAGGGUGAAGGUGAGGGUGAUGGUGAAGGUGAUGAUGAGGGUGAAGGUGACGCAGAGGCAGAUCUUGAAGAAACUUCUGGAGUAGUGGAUGAAUCUGUGGAGGAUGGUGUUACGUAUAUUGAAUUUGUGGACUCUAUAUUUGAGGAUAGCGACGAUGACGCGGAUGAAUCUGGUAACGAAUCUGAAAGCGAGGAUGCCGACAUCUUUGGUAUUGGUAUCCCUGUGAUUGAAGGUCUGAAUAGUGUCAUUCGUCAAAUGUCGCAUGCUGACAUUAGUUUUGCUGAGUUCGAGGGUUCUGCAAUAUUCGUUCUGAAUGCGGUAACGCCUAUCAUGGAUUUCUCAGUUUCACUUUCUAAAUGUGAAGCGGAGCUUUCAGCUGUGGAUAAGCAGUACCUCACUAAAGCGGAUGCCACAACAAAAUUUUACACGCAGGAGACCACCAAGGAGUUCAUCUUCGUACUUAUGGAGGCAUUGGUUAAGGUUACAGCAGUAGGUAGGCGUGAGUUUUCGGAUUGGCAAUCAUUUUCCGACCUCGAGAACCUUAUGUUCACUCUGCGUAUGUACAUAGUGCUAGUGUCGAAAACCCAUCUGGAAACUGGUGUGGAUGUGAGUGUCGACCCAGUUGUGGUAUUAGAGGGUAUCGCUGCUCGACUUUUGGUAACAAAAGAGCGUCCAGUGUACAAUUUUGGGUUACCUUAUGACUACAUUGAUCCGAUGGAGGUAGAUGUAGCAUCAGAUUUUUUGAAGGAUAUUUUCGCUGAGUCUAUUAAGUUGAAUUGUCCGAAUUUGUGCACAUCUAUAAUCACAAUGCUUUGCCUCGGUUGUAAUUCGCACGAUACAUGCCUUAAACUCGGCUCUUGUAUGGCCUUAGGCAAGAUUUGUGAGGAUCAGCCAGUGUUUGUGAAGCCCAUGGUCCUGGAUAUAGCUAAUUCUGUGGCCCAGCUUUGCGAUGGGAAGUCCAUGGAUGGUGCCAUCAUGAGGAAUACACUUGAGUCACUGCUACGUGCUGAUGACGGAGUUAUUAUCCAAUGGGCUAUUUCAUUGUUGGAGCAUCCGCUAUGGCACCUUCGAACUGCAGGUCAAAUGUGCUUAAGUGCUGCUCAAAACAAUUCAGAUAGCCAAGCUAUGUUGCAAGGAUUAUUUGCUGUAUCUCGUAAUUUGCAGACCCCUGAUGUGCAGAUAUUCCUGGCAACCAUGAAGAAUGGUGACUUGUCGCUAUUGGAUCUUGCUCUGAGUAAUAUCGAGCCAUAUUUGCAAUCACUUACUGACUGCGGUGAUUCAGAUGAUCCGUUUAAGUCUCAGGCUGCAGCUUAUAUCGACAUUUUGGGUCAUCUGUUAGUUAACGAGGAGUAUGCUGACUUGGCUGUUGAGAUGGAGGAUACCUUUAAUCUCGUUGUUGUGUGGUUUCUGAAACUGAUGAUCGUUGGCUGUAUGGACAUAGCUGAAAAGGCUCAAUCCUUCCUUUAUAGCGCUAAGAACGUAACUGUUGGCACCAAGACACUCACAAUGGCUCUAGAGGAGUAUGUCUUCCAGCUCCAAACAAUAUUCAACGAAAAUCUGCUUGAGAGGAUACUCGAUGUGGUUAAACAUUACACGGACAUUGUGGAUGACUCACUUACCGAAUCGUUAUUCAAUGUUGUGAAGGCUGUGGUAGAGGGUAACUUGAAUUCUUCCGUGAUUGACGAGUACCAAAAUGCUCAUUUUAUUGACUACUUGGUAUUCAUCGCUAAUUUGGGUGCCCGAAGAUCAUGUACCGAGGUCAUCUUCAACCAAUGGUUCACUACUGUCGACAGUCUUCAGAAAGGUGUGAUAAUACCAGGUUCAGUUGCAUAUGGUAUCUGGCAGAUUAUAUCGUACGACGGUGUGAUCUACAACGUAUUGAGUAACAUAAUGCGUCAGGAAUAUCUGAGUUUGCUUUACUUUGUGCAGAGCAAGGCUGAUGUUGAUUACAUUAUCUGGAAUGCUGUGAAGUCACUAGAAUCUGAGAAUGACUUAGAACGUGUGUCCUACGUAACUCUUCUUCACUGGCUGAGUAACGUUAACUUGCAUCAUACUACCCAUUCUAAGCAUCUGAACAAAUUGGUUGACGUAUUGCUGAAGAUCUCUUUUGAGUCUACUAUUGAGCUUGAUGACCUUCUGACUCCACCAUUUAACGAUGACUUCGACUAUGUUGUUAGUUGGAAGCUUGCUCACGUUAGUGCAGACGUGUUGUUUAAACUGAAGCCUAUUUCUGUACUGUUGGAAAAGGUUACAAACAGGCCUACUCGCAAUGAUCAACAGGACGAUACAAUUAACCUUGACAAGCUCCUAGCACCAUCUUAUCUGGAGCAAUACAGUAUGAAGAGGUUCGGUUGCAUUUGCAAUCCUAUCAUUGGCGGCACUAUGUUUGAGAUGCGUAAUUACCAGCUGAAACAUCUGUUGCCAGUGAUUUCCAAGGAUAUUGGUUCCAGAUCGAUGUUAGAUGAUAUCGUAGAUUUCUGUUGGCAAUCAUCUGUGGAUGGUGAUUCUUUAGGCAAGCUGUUAUCGAUAUGUUGUUUGUCCAGAUUGGUUGAGUUGAACAACACACCAUCUGUUGGUGCGGCAUCCGUGUUGAAGCGUUUUGUCGAUGUGCUAACUAGUAUCGAGGUAACGGUUUUCCUUCGUACCCAUUACACCAUAUCACUGAAUUCGGUUGCUAUGGGUAGUUCGGAUCCCUCCACUCUUAUCGAGGUUUUAAGGGAUUGUUCUGAAAAGCUCAUAAAGUCGUUAUCUGGCACUGUUACGACACCGGAACCUGUUACCGUGGUCAAAGGUACUAAUAUGCCUACAAGUGACAACGUGGCACUUUGGAAAUGGAUUGUUAUUUCCAGGAUGAAUGAGCUCGGGGACCAGCCGUCAUUGUUGGUACCCCUAAUCUCGUUGUUUAUAUUAUACCUCUACGAGGACACCAUGAUGUUUGGCGAUAUCCUUUCGGGGGUGGUUCGUUUUAUCUACGAGGACAUGGCUAUAACCGGUUGUAAUAUGUUACAAGGUGGUGCAUUGGAUGCUUUUUUCGGGUCCUUGGCUGUGAUUGAUAAAAACGGGUUGUACAUGGACAUUCCAAAGAUCCAAGAACGUUGUUUCGACGUAAUAUCGGCAUCUGUUGUUUCUAGCAAUUUCUGCGACUCAGACUUAACGGUAUAUCUGGGUGUGAUGACAAGUCUCUUUAUCAAGUUGCCACGUUACGAUAUAUUUAGCCGCAGUCUGCGUAAAUUGUACAGCUGCCAGCAGGAUAACUGGAUAUGUGGGUCCUCCACUAGAUUGUAUACAUCGGAUAUAUCUCUUCAUUGUCUAAAAUCUGACAAGGGUGUGCCUAGUGGUAGAAAGCGUUGGGCCUCAUAUACCAAUACCGCGCUUGAUGCGAGUAUUAAAGAUUACAAUGCUAAACUUGUUACCCAAUGGCGUAAUUCAGUAUCCGCGGUGAUGCUCCGUAUCCUCGACAACUCUUUGGACCAUGUAGUACCAGACUCAGAGGGCGUUUCACAUAUUAUGGAGCUAUACGAUACAUUGUGGUAUACAAGUUGCGAUAAGAUUGGUUCUAUUAUGCAAUCUUCAUUAUUUAAGUUGUGUAGUUUGUUCAAAUCACAAUUCCUGUCAUCUAAAAACUCGGAAAACGUUAAUGAUGUUACGGUUAUGCCAACGAAUAGAAAUUUGCCUGGUGUGAGUACUAUGGGCUAUUCCGACCCAUUUGCGAAAUGGCUAAUCCGUAGAAUAGUUACGGGUUUCCGAGGCAUCAUUAGCGAGGUAUCACGUAAACAGGACAAUAAGAAGGUAUCUGGUAAGAGUCAAGAUAUGGCCGAUGUAUAUUCUGCUGAUAGUUCUAUGUCAACGGUUAAAGGUGAUGCAUCCCUUCAACACUGGUCUUCUGACGUUCCCGGUGUGAUUGAUCUGAAUGUUGAAAAUGGUUUCUUCACUGCGGUUAGGUCCAUGUUAACCUUGCUGAGCGCACUAAAGAGUAGUGCUACACUUUUCCAGCAAGUGAUGACUGCAGUGUUACCAUCAUUUGUGGAAUCAUUGCAUUUUGUGUUAUUCCAUCCUGAUGACAUGGAGCUUCUUGGCGAAGGCUAUCUCAUCUCAUUUUCGCAUAGCUUUGAGCCUCAACAUUUAACAGGUAGCUCGAUAUCUCUUGAGGAUUUAGAUGGCCAUUGUAACAUGUUACUGGAUCGUAUCAUAAGUAUUUGUAUUUGGGCAAUUCCUAUCCUGGACAAAGUUGUGAAGGAACAGGUUUAUGACAUUGUAGAGAAGUUUACACUGUCACUGUCUCAUCCCUACUGUAACGCUGUUUUGAAUACUGCGAUUGAGAUGGCCGGUACUACGGACCUUAACGAUAUCUGUUUGGAUGUUCUGGGUGAUGCUGGUGUACCUGAUGUUCCUAUGGUCUCUGAGGCAGCGGAGGUCCCCGAGGUCCCCGAGGUACCCGUUGAGGUUGACUUAACUGAGGAUUCGGAAACUAAAAUGGUUAAGAAAGGGGAUAGUCCUUUCAGAUCACUGUAUAAGAACCACAAACGUCAGCGAAUAGAUACUGUUCAUAUAGAACCUUCUGAUACUGAUGAUCAAAAUGAUAUCUUAUCUUCUGCUAGGCGACAAUUUUGUCACUUCACCACACCUUCUUUGUCCAAUGUGAAAUUUGGAGAUUAUAAGAUGUGGCUUAAAGGUACAUCUAAGACAUAUCCAAAGCAGCUUUUAGAGACAGGUGGCUUUACGAAUGUCGAAUCAUUUUUCGAACCUUUGGCCGUUUGCGAGAGGAAGAACGUGUUCAGUCAUGUUGACUUCACUAUGUUGUUAGGUAGCAUAAAGUUGUUGUAUGUAGAGCAUAAUGAGAAGGAUAUAUUAGAUUUGGAGAUUGCCUAUAGGAUUCGUAACCUUUCACAUCAUGACGAAUUAUCGGAGUGUUAUAUAGAGCUGAUGUUAGACUGUUUAGACCGCCCUAGCUGCGAAUCCUUAUCCGUGCGAAAUCAGUUGCUAGCUUAUAUGGCAUCUCUGUCUAUCAACAACCAUGCAUUUAUGAACGUAUUUGAGCAGUUGUCUAUCCCUGCAGAUUUGUAUUCUAUAUUAAUGCACACUUUGACAUCUGAUGUAAGUCAUAACAGGGACAUGGAGUUCUACCUACCGUUAUAUCUCGAUAUGAUCUUCACCUUAUCAUUGGAUGAUUGGGAGUUAUCAUUUUCCGAUAAUUACCCCGUGCUUCCGCCUUUGGUUCCGAGGAACACUCACCCGGAUGUAUGUCAAAUCGAUUUGAUCUGUAAUGACAACUACACAUCUACGUUUAAGAAGACAGUUAUGUUACUGCGCGAUUUUCGUAAGAUGUGUGGCGUUCCAGAACCUGUUGAGUUACUGCCCGAGGACAAUGAGCCUUGUGAAUUCGAACUUUCUUCGGAUAUCGUGGAUGGUCUGGAAGAGGUAUGUCAGAUUAUGCAUGACUACCAUAUUGUCUAUUUCGAUCGUAUUGCAACAUCUUCAUAUUUCAAAGCUUGUCUUCGUUUAAUGUGGCAUUCCGAUCGUGAGUUUGCUACUCAAAUCUGGAUGGCCGUGUUACCUCAAAUCUAUGGUAAAUUUACGUCAUUCCAGCAUGAAUCUUUAGGUGGUGCUAUAUGUGGUUAUUUAUGUCGUGAGGAGCAUUUGUUUAACCAUGGUGUUAUGUCUAAACCUAUUUUGAAAGGUCUCGUAAAAUGUUACCCGCCUAUAAACCUGUCUCCAGAGGUAUUGAAGUACAUCGCUGUUAAGCUGGGUUACUGGGAUAUCGCGUUGUAUCAUUUGGAGAAGCAAUUGUUGUCCCAGCCGCUUGAUAUCACUCGUAUGGCUACAGUGCUUUCGGACCUGUAUGAUCGUCUAAACAUGGAUGAUAUGACCAUCGGUGCCUAUCGUACCUGGGUGAUAACUCAAGAGACUCGUCUUGCUGUCUGUUUCCUACAGCAUGCUAAAUGGCGUCAGGCUCAACGUGAAUUUAACUCGAUUAUGGAUUCUUUAGCUCUAACUGGUCAGACAGCUGAGGCCGUGUCAAGUUUCGACGAAUCCAAGAUUUGGUACAAUGGUUGGGCGAAAGCUACUAAGCAAUUGGGUGAAUGGGAUAUAAUUCGUGAUGUGUCCUUUGCAGCUGGUGAUCGAAGUUUGUUUAUGCAAUCUAGUAGUGUUCUUCAAGAUUGGGGACAUGUUUUGCCAGAGGAUGGCCUUGAUAAUGUGACCAGGAUAUUUGCUUUGGACGACGCUGAGUAUACAAUAAACCGUGUAUAUAAGCAACUUCAAACUGAUUUAUUUUCCGUAAGCGACACUGGUCAGGACGUUACUUCGAGGUCCAUAAUAGAGAUUGCGCGUAAACCUGCGAGGUUGAUUAAGCGUGGCGAGGAUGCGAUACGGGAUACGUGGUUACUAUUCCCCCAGGAGCUGUGUGAUGCUCAUCAAGGUCCUUUACGUCUUCACCAGCGUUAUUUGGAGAUUAAAGAGGGUAUGGAUUAUGUCACAGAGAUAACUCAGUGUUUGGACAAGGGAAAGAUACCUAGUUCGUCAUCGCUAAUAUCUAAAUGGCGUAGACGUUUACCUGCAUCAAGUGAUAUCCCUUCUGUAUGGUAUGAUAUGUUAUCAUGGAGGACGUUUUUAUUUUCCCGUGUUCGUUCAAUAUUAUCUAACAGUGAGGCGGAUCUUCAGUGGACCCUUACUAAAUUUGCAACUGUUACUCGUAAAUCUCAUCAUUUACCCUUGGUAUCUGCGGUAUUAGUGAACAAGGCUUUUAAUUUCCACAAAAGUAUCUUGGACCACAGCAACUUUGUGACGGAAGACUGCCUUUUCAUAAUGAUUGAGCGUAUGAAGCAGUAUCUGUCGCUCCCAUUGAAUGUGAUUGACAUGUUAAAGGGUGUUAUUAACAUCGACCUUGAUCUUAUCCCCGGUUCAGGUUGUGAAUCUCUGAAAUCUCACAUUAUAAGGCUCGUUGCGGAUUCUAUUAACCGUAAAUCUAAUUAUGAGAUGACUAAGCGUCAUGUAUAUAGUGAUCUUGAGGUAUCAACAAAUUUGAUGUUAGAAGCUCUAAAGUUGGAGCCUACGAUUGCUAAAAACUGGUUAUUAUGGGCUAAGUAUAAUGACAAGCGUAUCGACCAUGCUGGUGUUUUACAAUGGAAACCUAACGAGGGUAUACCAUUCCCGUUAGAAUUUUAUGAAUCUGCUAUUAUGGGUUACCUCACCGCAGUGUCGAUACGUCCUCAUAACCAUUGGCUGCUUAUAGGUCGCGUGUUCACCUUGAUGCAUGAACUUAAGAUAUCAUGUCAGAUUGGUGGAGUUUUAGAAACGUUUAAGAAGUAUAGUGAGCGUGUUCCUGCAUCUGUAUGGUUCCUGUGGUUACCUCAGCUGAUAUCAGGUUUAAGUCGUAUCGAUGAUGUCGCUAUGCAGCAUGUUUUACAGUAUCUUAUGUCUCGUUUACCUCAACAGGUAUUCUAUUCGUUACGUUGUGAAUACUUUGCUCAAAACGCCAACGGCGAGGGUGAGACAUUGAACGAAGUGAUGCAGCCUGGAACAAUGAAACGUUUAUUGAGUCGUUUGAUAGCAUCUAACCCUAAUGUUGGUACAAUUCUCGAAUCAUUCGCGGCUACAGUAACACAUUUGGGUCGCCCUGACUUCCUUGAUGAGAUUUUAUCUGCGACCGAGACCGUGUUCGAAGAAUGCUUGGAUCUACCCUUCAACGAGAUUAUCCCGCCACAAAUGUUCAACUGUCUUGUUAUGAAGAUGCCACAUCGUUCUUCUAUGAUGCCGGAAUGGGACGCAUCACCGCGUGUAUCGGAGAUGAUGAAGGAAUUUGAUAAAGACUUUAGUGAGGCUAGUCCAUCCCUAAACUGUGGUGAGACUAUGAACCUAUUGCUUAAGUGGAUGGUUAAGUUGAACGACGCAUCUAAAACGUGUGAGGCUGAUUCUUUGAAGCAGCGUAUGACCAAUAUGAAGGUGAACCAAUUCUGUCAGCAUCUUCAGAUGUUGAAUGUUGAGUUACAGUUACCUACAUUACAACCGAGUGCUAGUUUGUUAUAUCCUAAGCAGCGGCAAUGUCUUGGUGAAUGUUUGAAUAUAGUUUCAAUUCUUCAGGAUGUUAAGAAGCGUAAACGUGGGCGUCACAUCGUCAAGUCGAUAUCUCUUCUUGCUCAAAACGGUCAGGUAUAUGUUUAUACUGUCCAACCUCUCACGUUAUUACGUCAAAAAUCAGAUCAGCAUGUUAGUCAGAUGAUGAAGUUGCUUAACCAUUAUGCUGUGAAGUAUAACGAGAUGCUUCGUCGUCAUGUGACUCUUCCAUCUGUUAACGUAGUCUCUUUGGACCCGUAUUUAUGCCUUUAUGAGGAGGCUACUGAGGAUGAGACCUUUUCUCAUGUAUUAUCGCAAACAGUUUCUUAUGAGAAUUUGGUUGUUGAACGUCCUGAUUACAAGAAUUUGAUGCGUACGCAUCCCACUAUGCAUCACGAGACGAACACAUUGUUGUUAGUUUUGCACAAGAUGAUGAUGGAGACGGGUGUGACUCAUCAAUUGGUCCAGCGUUGGCAUAAGUUUAACCCUGAAUGCACGGAGAACUUAACAUUUAUUCGUGUCUACCAGCUAUUCAAAGACAAGCAGUAUCCUUGGUUCACGGCUUGGUACAAGAAGAUCCAUCAGGAUGUGCUUAUGGAGGCUUAUAGUGAGAUUUGCGCUUUGAUUCCUGACAACAUUUUCGUUAACUAUGCUAUGAAGAAGUACAGCACUUACCAAGACUUCAUGGAUCUUCGUCGUGUGUUCACUACAAACUAUGCCAUUCAGGCAUUGUUAGGUCUGAUGUUUGUCACUCCCUACGCCACUCCUUGUAAGCUGAGUGUGAAUUUCAACACUGGUGAGGUUAAGCAGCUAGACUUUCGGUUGAACUAUUCUCGUGAGAUAUUUGUGGAGUACACUAAGCUUCGAGUCUUCAGGUUUACACGGAAUAUAAAGAACAUGAUCGGUCCAGUUUGUCGUAUGGGUAUUAUGCCUGCAGUGAUGUAUUCGUUAUGUUCUACUAUCCAUACCUAUAAGGUUGAUAUUCAGGGUGCUUUGGGAGCUAUUCUGAGUGACGACUAUAGUUUGUUGCAAUCUGCAUCGAGUACUACUAUGUACAAGCCCGAUCAUCAGGGUAACCAGGUUACUGGUCAAUGUUCGAGUAACGGUUCAAUGCCAUCUACUCCUGGCAUGCCUCCACACCGUGAGCUUAACCAUGUGGAUGAGUACCUUGGUCGUGUUCUUAACUACUGUUCUUAUCUGCGUUCUCCAACGGACCAGGAUCAGUGUACGAUGCCCAUAACUAACAUUAUAACGUGCAUUAUUGAUGCAUCAGCUGACUCCAGCACGUUGGGCAAGCUAAAGACCAGUUACCAGCCCUGGUUUUAG